ACCACAAGGACUUGAAGAGUUGAAGAACACCACCCCACAUGCAUAUAUAUGUAUCUAUCUCUUCUUCCCGAUCUAUCCUCGUGAUCCACGCAUCCUCAACCCUAUGUUACCUGCAACUCCUCUGACUUCUUCUUCAAUCUCAACCGUUCAUUUUCGCACCGAUUUCUAGGCUUUCUGACUUCUGAUUGGAUCGAAAAUUCGCAAUUGAUUCGUUUCGCUGACUGUUUAUCGAUUUUGAGAUCCUAGGGUUUCGGUACCGGAUUAUUUGUUUAUGUAAGUUCGUCAAAUCGAGCCUGCAGGCAUUCUGAUUUGAUCGGAAUUGUUUCGUUUCGUUUCGUUCUGAAUUCGAGACUGUUAACGAUUUUGAGAUCGUAGGGUUUCUGUAACAGAUUGCUGGUUUAUAUACGUCAAAUUGAGGCGUUCUGAUUUGAUCAAAAUUGAUUCGUUUCGUUCUGAAUUCGAGACUGUUCUACAGUUUUGAGUUCGUAGGGUUUCGGUUUAUGUAAAUCCGUUUGAUCGAGGUGAAUUAUUGACCUAAUCUUGGAUUAGGUAUUCAACAUUUUGAAAAUCGAGAGGAAUAUGAGAUUGCCGAUGGUUGAUUGUCGUAGUUUGAUUGAAUUUUGCCGCGCCUUUGAACAACACAAGAACAUGACAGUAACAACGAAUAACAACAAUCAUUCACGCAGCAACCGGAAGAGCAGAAACGGUUCGAAUUCGAUUAAUCCGUUAUCGCAUCCGUUUUGUGACCGAUCUCCGUUUGCAGCGCUGGAUAUUCUGAUGCUGAUUCUGGUGCUUGGAGCACUUGGAUUUCUAAUUAUACCCUAUAUUAAUAUUAUCUACCGUGAAUCUGUUGAGAUUCUGCCUUUAGUUAUUGAAAUUGUUCAAGAAGUGAUCGCUGAUGCUCCGAUCGCGUAUGUUAUUGGAAUAGUGGCUGCGUUUAGCGGGGUGAUUGCCACAAUUGCUGCUUGGGAAAUACUUGAAGUGAAAUCGAGGAAAUGUGGGAAACCUAAAUGUAAAGGGCUGCGUAAAGCGGUUGAGUUUGAUAUCCAGCUUGAGUCGGAAGAGUGUGUUAAGUAUCUUUCAACAGGAGUAAUGGCGGAUAAUGAUGUGAAGCCGUUGGAAUUAGGACAAGAUCACAAGGAGCUGGAGGUUGAGUUGAAGAAGAUGGCACCUGUUAACGGCCGGACUGUUCUUAUUUUCCGAGCACCGUGUGGAUGCCCUGCUGGUAGAUUGGAGGUAUGGGGGUCUAAGCGAAUUCGUAGGAUUAAGAAAUAAGUUUAUCAAAUUUCCCUUUUAGAUAGAAUAAAGAUUUGCUGAUAUAUAUUACAAUAAGUGAAUCCCAUAUGUUUUACCAACUGUUAUAACUUAUAUCAUGUUUAGAUCAAAUGAAAGAAACAUCUUAUGAUUAUCUGAAUCUUUAACAUCAAUUACAUAUACUUGAAGUUUAUACCA